AUGCAUGAUGAUGAUGUCAACAUUCCACUUUCUUACGAUGAUCCAAGAUUCCAAUUUGAAAAAGAGGAUGAAAUCACAUUAGACAAGAUCGCUAAAGUUGGAAAGCCUCAAAAACGAAUAAUUAAUCCAUUAUUUAAUGUUCCUCAAUAUGUUGAAUUUGAUGAAGAAAUAAUAGAAAAUUUUACACUAGCAUUCAAACUCGCAACACUUCGACAAUGUCGUGAAUUAAGAGGAAAGUAUUACCACCAAGAUAUUUAUGAAUAA